AUAUGGGUCUCAUAUGCUGAGCCUCAGUAAACUUGUCCCUCAUCUCUGCUCUUUGACUGGAGACCAAAACCCGCAGGUUCGUGAGGCCUCCAUAACAACAUUGGUGGACGUCUAUCGCCACAUUGGUGAGAAGGUCAGAGCCGACCUGGCAAAGAGAGGACUGCCUGCUGCGCGGUUGCAGACAAUAUUUGCCCGGUUUGAUGAAGCCCUGAAUUCAGGCAACAUGGCUCUCAGCCCCAGUCACGAUCGUAGCUUUGACGAUGAUGACAGCGUGGAUGGGAGUCGCGCUUCCUCGGCUCAGGCCUUCAAGGUCCCAAAAGUUCCCAAGAAGCCGGCGGAGUCCUCAGCUGCUCGUAGACCCAGUGCAACUGGUGGCAAGCUAGUAUCCAAAGAAACUGCUGGUGCCAUUGAUGAAGAGGACUUUGUUAGAGCCUUUACAGACGUCCCCACUGUGCAGAUUUAUUCAGCAAGGGACCUUGAAGACAACCUUAAUAAGAUCAGAGAGAUCUGUUCUGAUGACAAACAUGACUGGGACCAAAGAGCAAAUGCUCUUAAGAAGAUACGCUCACUGUUGGUUGCUGGUGCAGCCAACUAUGACUGUUUUUACCAGCACUUACGGCUCCUGGAUGGAGCCUUCAAAUUAUCUGCUAAAGAUCUGAGAUCUCAAGUUGUCAGAGAGGCCUGCAUUACUGUGGCUUACCUUUCAUCGGUGCUGGGGAACAAGUUUGAUCAUGGAGCUGAAGCCAUUGUCCCAGUUCUGUUCAACCUCAUCCCAAACUGUGCCAAAGUCAUGGCCACCUCUGGUGUGUUGGCCAUUCGCAUCAUCAUUCGGCACACCCACGUCCCACGACUUAUUCCUUUGAUAACUAGUAAUUGCACAUCAAAGUCUGUGGCUGUUAGACGGCGAUGUUAUGACUUCUUAGAUCUUCUUCUACAAGAAUGGCAAACACACUCGCUAGAGCGACACACUGCAGUUCUGGUUGAAAGCAUCAAGAAAGGAAUUCGAGAUGCUGACUCAGAAGCCAGAGUGGAAGCACGCAAGGCCUACUGGGGUCUCAGGAACCAUUUUCUAGCAGAGACCGAUGCUCUGUACAACUCUCUGGAGCCGUCGUACCAGAGAACGCUCCAGUCCUGUUUGAAGAGCUCCGGCAGUGUGGCCUCUCUGCCUCAGAGUGACCGCUCCUCCUCUUCCUCACAGGAGAGCCUCAAUCGGCCUUUAUCUUCAAAGUGGUCAGCAGCUCCAGGUCGAGUCACUGCGGGGUCAAAGGGCAGGUUGUCGUCAGCCGCUCUCCAGCGUUCCCGUAGUGAUGUGGAUGUUAACGCGGCUGCGGUGGCUAAGCAGCGACACGUGGGACAGUCGGGAGGGGCAAGCCGUCUGACUGCUGGCUCCUACUCCUCUCUGGGGACCAAAUCAGACAAUGGACGUGUUCGCACCAAGCAGCCCCUGACUACAGCAAGCAGUAUGUCCAGCCAAGUGGACUCAAGAGGACGGAGUCGCUCUAAGAUGGUGUCCCAGUCCCAGCCGGGAAGUCGGACUGGCUCUCCUGGUCGUGUCCUGACCACCACAACCCUCAGCACCAUGAGCUCCGGGGCGCACAGGGUUUUGGGGGGAAGCUCUGCAGAUGGACACAGACGCAGCAGGAUUCCACGCAGUCAGGGCUGCUCCCGGGAUUCUUCCCCCACACGUCUUUCUGUUGCUCCCUCCAGCCUUAGUAGUUCCAUCUACAAUGGGGCCAGCAGAGGAGCUCGGGGAAGCCGUAUCCCACGCCCCAGUAUGAGUCAGGGUUGCAGCAGAGAUGCCAGCAGGGAGAGCAGUCGGGACACCAGCCCAGUACGCUCCUUCACACCUCUGGCUACGCGGAGCUACUCUCGCUCCACUGGGGCUCUCCACACACCUGACGCUUUCGGGGCAGCAGGCUCAGGGUUUGGGAUCAGCCAGUCCAGCCGCCUCUCGUCUUCAGUCAGCGCCAUGCGGGUCUUGAACACUGGCUCUGAUGUGGAAGAGGCUCUCGCAGAUGCACUGAAGAAGCCAGCAAGGCGGCGAUAUGAGAACUAUAGCAUGUACUCUGAUGAUGACGCCAACAGUGAUGCAUCCAGUGCCUGCUCCGAGCGCUCAUACAGCUCAAGGAAUGGCGGAGCCAUCCCCACGUACAUGAGGCAGACUGAGGAUGUGGCAGAGGUGCUGAACCGAUGUGCUAGCGCGAACUGGUCUGAGAGAAAGGAGGGUCUUUUAGGUUUACAAGCUCUGCUUAAGAACCAGCGCACCCUCAGUCGGGUGGAGUUGAAGAGACUAUGUGAAAUUUUCACAAGGAUGUUUGCUGAUCCUCACAGCAAGCGAGACUCCGGCAGGGCGUACGGCACGGCAGAAUCCGGUAUAAGCUCGGCGUCCUUCAAGAGAGUUUUCAGUAUGUUCCUGGAGACUCUGGUAGAUUUCAUCCAGGUGCAUAAAGAUGACCUGCAGGACUGGCUCUUUGUUCUACUCACUCAACUGCUCAAGAAGAUGGGGGCUGACCUUCUUGGCUCUGUACAGGCCAAAGUUCAAAGGGCACUGGAUGUCACACGAGAGUGUUUUCCCAACGAUCUCCAAUUUACUAUACUCAUGCGGUUCACUGUGGACCAGACACAGACUCCAAACCUCAAGGUUAAGGUGGCUAUUCUGAAGUACAUAGAAACGCUGACAUUACAGAUGGAAGCUCCCGACUUUGUGAACUCCAGUGAGACGAGGCUGGCUGUGUCCAGGCUCAUUACAUGGACCACUGACCCCAAGAGCGCAGAAGUCCGAAAGGCCGCUCAGGCAGUGCUGAUUGCCCUGUUCCAGCUCAAUACCCCUGAGUUCACCAAGCUGCUGGCCGCUCUGCCCAAAACCUUCCAGGACGGAGCCACAAAACUGCUCCAUAAUCAUUUAAAGAACACCGGCAACACAGCACAGGCACAAAUUGGCAGUCCCCUGACUCGCCAUACACCCAGAUCUCCGGCCAGUUGGUCUAGCCCAGUCACGUCGCCCACAAACACCUCCCAAAACACCCCUUCACCAAGUGCAUUUGAUUAUGACACUGAAAAUAUGAACUCUGAGGACAUCUACAGCUCACUUAGAGGGGUUACUGAAGCAAUUCAGAACUUUAGUGUUCGCAGCCAAGAAGACAUGAACGAUCCAGUCCAACGGGAUGAAAGCGGUGGUGACUGCAGAGCAUCUGAUGCAGUGGAAGGUGGACGUAUGGCUUUGGACAACAAAACAUCUCUCCUCAACACCCCUCUGCUUUCAUCGAGCCCAAGAGGAGGACGGGAGCACUUCUCUGACUCCCCAAUCAAGCACAGCCGCAAGCAUACCAGCCUGGAUGACUCUGAACUUCUCACAGAUGAGAGCAGUUUGGAUCAAUCUGAACUAGUCGCAGAACUGUUGAAAGAGCUUUCGAACCACAAUGAGCGGAUAGAGGAGAGGAAGGCGGCAUUGUGUGAACUGCUGAAGCUCAUUCGUGACAAUACACUGCAGGUUUGGGACGAACAUUUCAAAACCAUUCUGCUGCUCCUGCUUGAGACUAUGGGCGACAGAGAGCACUUGAUACGAACGCUAGCUCUACGAGUUCUGAGUGAGAUUCUCAACAAGCAGCCCUGGAGGUUCAAAAACUAUGCAGAGCUCACCAUUAUGAAGGCCCUGGAGGCGCACAAAGAUCCACACAAGGAGGUGGUAAAGGCUGCGGAAGAGACUGCAGCGAUGUUGGCUCAGUCCAUUAGUCCAGACCAAUGUAUCAAGGUGCUGUGUCCCAUAAUUCAGUCUGCUGACUACCCCAUCAAUUUAGCUGCCAUCAAGAUGCAGACCAAGGUAGUCGAAAGGAUUCCUCGAGAGGGCCUGAUAUCCAUGCUGCCUGAGAUAGUGCCAGGACUCAUCCAGGGUUAUGACAACUCUGAGAGCAGCGUGAGGAAAGCCUGUGUGUUCUGCUUGGUGGCAAUUUAUGCAGUGAUCGGUGAGGACCUCAAACCUCACCUCAGUCAACUCUCCAGUAGCAAGCUGAAGUUGUUGAAUCUCUACAUCAAGCGCGCCCAAUCUGGCUCCAGCGGCAGUGAACCCACGUCAGAAGGCCUAUAGGUGACACAGCACCUCCGCAGGGCAAUCACAGAACUGCAUCUCUGCCCACCAAACGCGAACAUUAUUUCCUCUCACAGACUGAGCAAACUGCUUCAUUUAUCACGCUCUGUAGGUACAUCCAGUCCAAACACAUUUCCUAUCACACUGAGUGGGAGCCGAGGAUCUCUACUGAUUUCAAAGACUGAAAGUUUUCAAGUAAAAGACGCCUUUGUCUUUCCUUUCCUUGAAGAAAUGUAUGUCGUCUUUGCCUUUCUUAUUUUCAAGAGCAUUUUCUUCAAACCGUUACAAUGUCAACAGGAAGUGGUGCAUGGUUAUCUUUCAUUUGAAGAAUAGUGGGCUGAAGCAACUCGAACAGGGUUGUAUUUGUUUCUUUGUUGAACAAUGCGUACAUGGGGCCAGGUAGACCAAAAUGUAAAUUUACAUUGCGUCAUAGUUGGAUUAUUUUAACACUGAGGUUGCACUGCAGCAGUUUUAGACUCUUGUGUCUUAGCACACACUCAAAACAGUUUUUUUUUUUUUUUUCAAAGGUGCUGAGUCUAAAUGGUACGAUCAGUUUUUCAUAGCACUAACGCAGUGAUAUUGGUUCAUGCCUGCUCAUAGCAUUUACAGUACAUGGAUGAAUUCAGACAUUAUGUGCUUGGCUAUGCAUGAGACAAAAUCUUUUUUUUUUUAAAUUUGGAUACUAUUGAAAAAUAUGGCAGGCGUAAAUUAUUGUGAACAGUGUCUGCCCUUUUCAGAAUAACAUGUAGUCCCCCGUUACUCCCAGCUCAUCAAGUCUGUCAAAUUUUUUUGGCGGGAUUUGAAAAAAAUGGGUGCGUGCAGCUUAUUACAUGAAGUUCGUCUGGACAUGGCUUAUUAUUACAAAACAGAUAUGUACCUAUAUAUGAUAUCAAAAAGGAAUAUCAAAUAACAGUGUCACUCAUUUAGUCUCUUGGGGAGUGUAUGCGCACCUAUUCCCAUUCUUGUUUUUAUUUUUCAUUCUGACGCGUGUGUUGUUGUCUCUCACGCUUUAUUUGUAGAAAUGUAUCAUUUACAGCUCUGAAUCUCACUGUCAUUGUCAUCCUUUCUCUCCUUUCCUUGUAACAUUCUAGUUUUUCCUGUUGUGUUUCUUCUGUGCAUUUACAAAGCAAUGCUUACAAUAAACUAAGAACUUGUACAGACAACAA